CGGCGUGCUUGCCUUUACUACUACACUGCAAACAACUCCCCGCCACCAUGGACGAGACUAUGAGCGAUGCGGUCGAUCCCCGCCGCGAGGCCGAAGAGGAGCAGGUCGAGCAGAAGAUUACCAAUGAAGAGUACAAAAUCUGGAAGAAGAACUCCGUCUGGCUUUACGAUGUUCUCUAUUCUCGUGCUCUGGAGUGGCCUACUUUGACGACGCAGUGGUUACCGGACAAAAGAGAGGUUCCUGGCACCGACUUGGUUCAACAUCGCGUUCUUUUCGGCACCCAUACCUCCGAUCAAGCUCAGAACUAUCUACAGAUUGCUAGCAUUGAGAUCCCGGCGCUCAAGUCCCCCGACCCAGCCGAAUACGAUGAGCAGCGUGGAGAGAUUGGCGGCCAUGGUGCUGCGAAGAAGCCUUUUAUGUUCAACGUCAUCCAGAAAAUUAACCACCCUGGCGAGAUCAACAAGGCCAGGUACAUGCCGCAGAACGAGAACAUGAUUGCCACAAUGUGCACGGACGGAAGGGUUCUGGUCUUCGACAGGACGAAGCACACGUCCCAGCCUGACCCCAACGGCACCAUCAAGCCGGACAUGGAGCUGAAGGGUCACAGUGAGGAGGGGUUCGGUCUGAGCUGGAGUCCUCACUACGAGGGCCAGCUCGCGACCGGCAGUGAGGACAAAACAGUGCGCAUUUGGGAUACCAAAGCUGGCUACUCCAAGGCAAACCCCACGAUCACUGCUUCUCGCAUUUACCGUCAUCACAAUUCCACUGUCAAUGACGUCCAGCACCACCCUAUUCACCCCUCGUGGAUUGGCACUGUUUCCGACGAUUUGACGCUGCAGAUUCUUGACACGCGCCAGGAAACGAACAAGAAAGCCCUCUUCCAGCAGGAGGCCCACACCGACGCGGUCAAUUGCCUUGCUUUCCACCCCGCCUGGGAGUCCAUCGUCGUCACUGGUUCUGCUGACAAGUCGAUCGCCAUGUGGGAUCUGCGCUGCCUCGAUAAGAAGAUACACAGCUUUGAAGGCCACCAGCAAGCUGUUCUGAACCUUGAGUGGCACCCUACUGACCACUCAAUCCUUGCUAGCUCCAGCUAUGACAGGCGCAUUCUCAUGUGGGACUGCAGCAGGAUUGGAGAGGAACAGACUGAAGAAGAGGCCGAAGACGGUCCACCAGAGCUGCUCUUCAUGCACGGUGGCUUCACCAACAGUAUCUGCGACUUCAGCUGGAACAAGACCGACCCCUGGGUCAUGCUCGCUGCGGCGGAAGACAACCAGCUGCAGGUCUUCCGACCGGCACGCUCCAUCGUUCAAGCGCCAAAGAAGAAGGUACUGAACCGGGAAAUCUCCGAAUAAUUUCUUCUUCCAUCACCAGCACCAGCACUUUCCACCAACAAGCAAACAACCAACCAAAACUCAAUCAAACUUCAAACCGUUCAACCAAAUCAACAAACAUAAUUAUCCACUGCACCACCUUCUUCAACAGCAAAGCACCACCACCACUACCACCACCACCACGCGAGGAAGCCCUUUGUUUUGCAAUCAUCUGCUGCUAAUUCGGAUAGGCUGUUGGCGCGGGGCGUUCCAAGGAAAACGACAACGAGACGGACCCAUCCUCUUCGACGGCGG